AUGGCAGCCGAAGACAAUCAACAAGCGUUCGAGAAGGACUUCGGAAGCGGAAGCAACUCCGAUGGCAUCAACGGAGGUGUUCCUACCCACCAGAUGUCCGCUGAUGAGACGGCCAGGGCCGCCGCACGCUUUGGAUAUGGCCCUCUCGCUCAUGUGAACACCGCUGAGGCUCAGCUCCGUCCCUUCGGUGGUGAGUUCCAGCCCGGUCUGUAUAAGUCGGUCGAGCACCGUAAGUUCGGUAACCCGGCCCCUCUGGGCCUAUCUGCUUUCGCUCUCACCACCUUUGUGCUGAGUGCGAUUAACAUGGGAACGCGCGAUAUCGCGGAACCCAACAUUGUGGUUGCUCUGGCCUUUGGCUAUGGUGGUCUUGUUCAAUUGCUUGCUGGCAUGUGGGAAAUGGCCGUUGGAAACACCUUUGGUGCCACUGCCCUGUCCUCUUAUGGUGGUUUCUGGCUUUCUUUCGCCAUCGUCCUCACCCCAGGUGGAUUCGAAAUUGCGAAGGCUCUCGGGGGCGCUGGCACAUCAAAAUUCGACGACUCCUUCGGAAUAUUCCUCAUGGGAUGGUUCAUUUUCACCACCAUUCUGCUCUUCUGCACCCUGAGAUCCACAGUGGCUUUCUUCCUGCUGUUCUUCUUCCUCGACCUUUGUUUCUUGCUGCUGGGUAUUGGGUACCUCCACCGCAACGCGGAGAAUAAGCCCAACCCUCCCAUCAUCAAGGCCGGUGGUUUCUUUGGUUUCAUGGCCGCAUUCGCCGCCUGGUACAAUGCCCUCGCCGGUAUUGCGGACAACAGCAACAGCUUCUUCAUUCUCCCCGUUGCCCACUUCCCCUGGUCUCCCACUGCUCGCAGUCGCAAGACCGAACGCGAGCAAGCCUAA